GUUGCCAACGCCAAAACACAACGCGCUGUGGGAGUGCUGAUCUAUCCAGAUCCCGCUGACUACAGUAACCUUGGACCAACCGAGGCUCUCUUUGGACACGCUCAUCUUGGUACCGGUGACCCUUAUACCCCUGGGUUCCCUUCUUUCAACCACAUUCAGUUCACCCCUGUCAAGUCUUCGGCCCUCCCUGGCAUCCCCGUCGCAAGUAUUUCGAGCUCGGCCGCACGACAAUUAGCCAGCAUUCUGGACGGGUCAGACUGUCCCACCACCUGGCAAUACACAGUCUUUCACAAGUGUGGUACUUCUCCGACGGGAACAAACGUGAGGAUCAAUGUUAGCAACCCCCUGGUAGAGAAGAAAAUCCUGAACAUCUUCGGCGUGAUUAAAGGUUUUGUGGAACCAGACCGCUACGUCGUGAUCGGAGCUCAGCGCGAUGCCUGGGAAAACGGAACGGUGAAAUCUGCAGUCGGGACGGCCCUGUUGUUGGAGCUGGCCCACACCAUCUCCGGGAUGGUCAAAACCGAUGGCUACAAACCUCACCGAAGCAUCAUCUUUGCCAGCUGGAGCGCAGGCGAAUUUGGAGCCAUUGGUGCCACAGAAUGGCUAGAGGGCUACGCCGCCUCGCUGCACUUGAAAGCGUUCGCUUACAUCAACCUGGACGCUGCCGUUUCAGGAUACAAGGAAUUCCGGUUCUCUUCCAGCCCCUUGUUGAAAAAGCUCCUGGAGGAAGCAGUCACAGAUGUGAGUCGUCCUUGCCCACUUGGGG